AUGGCUCGUACUCUGCGUGGAAUCAGGGCCCACCUCCAGAUCCGAAGCCUUGUGGUCCGACAGUGCCUAGCCGAGUUUCUGGCUGUAUUUGUGCUCUUGCUCAUCAUCCAGGGUUCUGUGGCCCAGGCUAUCACCAGUGAAGAAAACAAAGACGACUCCUUUACCAUGACUCUGGGCAGCGCUCUGGCUGUUACAAUAGCUAUCUACGUGGCAGGCAAUGUCUCAGGAGCCCACCUGAACCCAGCCUUCUCUCUGGCCAUGUGCUUGGUGGGACGCCUCCCUUGGGCCAAGCUCCCCAUUUACUGCUUUGUGCAACUGUUGGCUGGUUUCUGCGCCUCAGGAGCUACUUACAUUCUCUACUACGAUGCCCUCCAGCACUAUACCGGUGGGAACCUGACAGUGACCGGUCCCAAAGAGACAGCCUCCAUUUUUGCCACCUACCCUUCCCCCUACCUGUCCCUGAACAACGGCUUCUUGGAUCAGGUCCUGGGUACCUGGAUGCUGAUUGUGGGGCUGUUAGCUAUCCAAGACAAGCGGAACAAAGGAGUGCCCGAAGGUCUGGAGCCUGUGGUGGUAGGACUGCUGGUGCUUGCCAUCGGAGUAUCCAUGGGUGGUAACUGUGGCUUUCCAAUUAACCCUGCCCGGGACGUGGGCCCACGACUCUUCACCUACCUCGCUGGCUGGGGUCCUGAAGUCUUCAGUGCUGGUCAUGGCUGGUGGUGGGUACCUGCUGUGGCUCCUAUGGUGGGGGCCACCCUUGGCACGGCCACAUACCAGCUCCUGGUUGCCCUCCAUCACCCUGAGGAUCUGGAGCCAGUUCCAAAGGUGGUAGCAGCUCCUCUGAAGGCUUCAGACUUGGGAACUCUGGAGUGUAAAUUGUGA